AUGCGAGACUUCGCACUCCCACCAGCGGCCACGUUUCUAGGCCUGCCACAAGAGCUGCGCGACCACACCUACUCGUAUCUGCCGCUUGAGACCAAGAAGCUCAUAUACCUAGGUCCUGUAUCAAGCAAGCCGAAGCCGAGAGCCUGGCGAACCUACAAGCGGCUCAGUCGAGUCUGCAGAAUCAUUCGCGUCGAUGUUUCUCGCAUCUUCUGGGCCAAGAAUGCUUUCGUGAUGAACGCCGGUCCAGAGACGUCCAGACUGACAGCCGAUACCAUGUUCUGGAUGACUCGACUAGCUUUGCGCACUGCACCAUACUACUUUCAGCCGCCAGCAGUCCGUACCACAUGCGAAUUUCGAUACGAGGGCAUCCUACUGCUGAACAAGCGAGGCAAUGAAUGGAAAGCCAUGAUCGAUCUCGAAAAGCAGCGGAUGUUGCAGUCACUGAUCGGUGGCUACCGCGUUACCAUUGAUCUGGAUCCAGAUUUCGGAUCUCCAGAAGGCGUCAUUGAGCUCGAAACCCAGCGACGAAUUGUUGACGAUGUGAUGCAGAUUGGUGAAGAAGCCGUGGGUAUGCUUGAAAACGACGGCCAGAUAAGCGAGGAUGUACUGGCUGGCAUCUGUGGGUGCUUCAAGAGGUACUCAGACCAUUAUGCAUCUAGACUCUGUCGUCUGAAUUGCUUACAAAUCAUUAACAUUCAGCCGCAGGCAUCAAGCAUACCUUCAUCGAAACCGCUCGCAAAGUUUUAUAUUUUGCAAUCCUCGCCAUCAUGGCACCGAGGUUCACCAGGCAGUUCCUCCUCGCUCGCAAACGCGGCACUUUUGCCGCUGAGUUCCGUUCAAGUUGGCUCCGUCAUGGCCACCUCGUACUGCCAUGUUGCCUGGCAAGCGGCUUUCCGAGCCACUUUUCUUCUCAUCAACCGCGAACUGAUUUGUAAAUAUCAGGUGCACAACCCAGAAUGGGCGUCAGAGGACGUUUGCUUCCAGCGCGGCGACAUUGAAAAAAUGGUAUUUGAUGAGACGAAGCCGGGAGACAACGUUGGCGUCCGAGAGGAAUACCAUUCGGCAGUGAUAUUGGCAGACGAGAGAAGAUUCCUGAAAAACGAGGCUUUGAAGCAUGGCAGGUCUGUUGCACCAGGAAGCGUGAAGGGCGAAAGAAUCGAAUUCAUUGUAAAUGGACAGCCAGUCGUUGCUGAUCCGUCGUGGCGGGAGUGGAGGGACCUGUGGCAGACAUAUGUCAACAAGCAUGAUGGCGCUUCCACAUCUCCCGAGAGCAGUAAUUCUGUGAGACUGUAUCAAGCUUGGUAUCCCAAAUCAGCAAGCUUCAGCACAACGGCUCAAGAUCUUACCCCGUAUUCUGCAUUUUCUUUGAUUAGCAUCUUAGUUCUGGCCACUCUGCUCGGGGAGGACAUAGCAUAUUGCUAUCGAUUUGCAAGGGCCGAUGGUGAUUUCUUUCAUCUUGAGAACCUGUAUCUGCGGCGGGAUCGUCUUUGGGCUCUCUACGCACUGAAGGCAGUGCGGUGGUCCAUGGGCACCGGCCAGUCCUACCUCCACUCAGCCGCUCCGCAUAUAAGCUCAGAUCUAUAA